UUCGUAGGGUACAAUUUGAAAUAAACUUGGGAUCUAUUCGGAAAAAACACUCGAUUUCGUUACUUCAAACUGAGAAUAAAUUAUAAAAUCACAUUAGUCUAAAAACCAAACAAACAAAAAAUACAAAAUAUGGAAGUACAAUUGGGAUGGCCAAAAUUGAUCAAGAUAGGUGCCAAGUUGGUGGGCCACAAGCUUCAGCAGUAUCGCCUGUCCACAGGUAACACGCUCGUGCUGGACACCAAGUUCGGCCAGGUGCGGGGACUCCAGAGGAAGACCGUCUACGACGGAGAACUGUACUUCGCCUUCGAGGGAAUUCCUUACGCAAAACCCCCGGUAGGAGAGCUCCGGUUCCGAGCCCCCCAACCGCCGGAGCCGUGGCAGGGAAUCCUCGACUGUACAACCUACCGGGCAAAGCCUUUGCAAAGGAACAUAGUUCUCAGCAUCGUCGAAGGCAGUGAGAAUUGCCUGCACCUGAAUAUAUACGUGAAGGACCUCGAAUCGAAGAAACCCCUACCUGUGAUUGUUUGGAUCUAUGGUGGGGGCUUCCAGAAAGGUGAAGCCUCCAGAGACAUCUACAGUCCUGACUACUUCAUGAAGCAGCCAGUAGUCUUCGUCUGCAUCAACUACCGACUCGGUGCCUUGGGCUUCCUAAGCCUAAGUGAUCCUAACCUGGAUGUGCCUGGUAAUGCAGGACUCAAGGAUCAGGUCCAAGCUCUACGCUGGAUCAGCCAGAACAUUGCCAACUUUAACGGCGAUCCAAACAACAUCACCAUCAUGGGGGAGAGUGCUGGAGCAGCUUCUGUCCACGUAAUGAUGACCACGGAGCAGACGCGUGGACUCUUUCACAAGGCUAUCAUGCAAUCCGGAUGUGCCCUCAGUGAAUGGGCAGACAGUCCGGAUCGCAACUGGGCCUUCCGUCUGGCCCAGCGUAUGGGCUAUAAGGGAAGCGAGAAAGAUGCCGACGUGCUGCGUUUUCUGAGCAAAGCCCCCGCCCGACAGAUUGCGAAUAUCGACCAGGACAUCAUUACACAGGACGAGAUGCGGAACUUCCAGCUCUUUGCUUUUGGUCCCGUGGUAGAGCCGUAUGAGAGCUCUCAUUGUGUUGUACCGAAAAAACAUAAAGAAAUUUUGGCCAGCGCUUGGGGUAAUGACAUACCCAUCAUAAUGGGCGGAAACUCGUUUGAAGGGCUGUUCUCGUAUCAGCUGGUUAAGAAUGACCCAUGGGUCUUGAAAAACUUCCACAACAUCCUGCCGAGGGAAGUGAGCGAAGCCUGCACCCAGGAGGAGCGGGAUCUCCUAGUGCGGCGUCUUAAGAAGGUCUACUUCAACAACGAGCUGCAGGAAUCGAUGGACUUCUUCGAGGCCUUGAAUAUAUUUUCCCAUCGCCAGAUCUGGCACGAUAUGCACCGAUUGGUUCUCGCUCGCCAGACCUAUGCUGCUGGGACACCCACAUAUUUGUACCGCUUCGACUUUGAUUCCCCGUACUUCAACCAAUUCCGAGGACUAGUGUGCGAUGCUCAUGUUCGGGGAGUAUCCCAUGCCGACGAAUUAUCCUACCAGUUCUACAAUAUUAUUGCCUCCAAGCUGGAAAAGUCCUCGAUGGAGUACAAAACCAUUGAGAGGAUGGUGGGCAUGUGGACAUCAUUCGCCGCCAAUGGAGAUCCCAACUGUCCGGAAAUUAAAUCCGCCACGUGGGAACCUAUCGGAGCAAAAGAAAAUGGCACUGAAAAGUGUUUCAAUAUAAGCCAUAACUUGGAAAUGCGGGAACUGCCAGAGUUUGAGUCGCUGACCGUGUGGGAUAGUUUUUACCCAAAAGGGUCCCUUAUCUAGUCAAAAACGUAGAUGCUUAAUGCCCUGCA